AUGCAAUUCGGAGGCUCAAGCACCACAUCCGACUUCCCAUGUGACGGCUACCAGACGACGUUGAACUCGUCACCGGCUCCCCAGCUGAAGUGGAUGCUCGCAAUGUUCUUCCCAGAUGACUUUUGGAGUACAAGGGUCUUACAGAUGGCCUACUCAGAAUCUUGCAUUCGGCACGCACUUAUCGCUCUAUCCGCAUACCAUGAGAGAUACAUAUAUUGCAGCCCCGGUAGUGAUUACUCGUUUGCAUUGCGUCACUACAACUUUGCUAUCAAUGGCCUCUCUAAUGCCCGUCACGGCCUAUCAUUGAUACACCUGAUUUUUGGGAUUACGAGACAAGAGCUACUGGACAUGAGUUGCAUCGUACUUGAAACCAACAGGCCAAAAAGGCCGCCCGAGUUUGCGUUCCGACAGCUUGCAGAAGCUCGAGAAGUAAUCCACGGUAUUGCGUUAGAGUGGAUGAGCGACAGGCCCGCAGGCGGAGCGGCGCUUAGCGCCUUAGUCAAUCGCUUCGAAGAAUGGUGCCAGGCAUUUGAAGCAUUCGACCAAGAAAACCGCCAUUUGCUUACUAGCGCUGCGGACAGGAGGGCUCUCACAUUGCUUGAGCUUCAGAAACGCUAUCUAGCUACUCACCUAUCUAUUCUUAAGACAAAGGAAAUUAACGAUGAAACCAUGUGGGAUGGAUACUCUAAUGAGUUCAACGAGAUGCUCAACAUUGCCGAGGCGUCAAUGCAAAUUCAUGACUCGGGGGUAGCAUCAAACAGACAGCCACGAUUUCACAUGGAUACCGGUGUUAUACCUAUACUCUUUGCCAUUAUUACCAGAUGUCGUGACCCCUUCAUUAGGAGAAGAGCCAUAGAGCUUAUGACUUGGAACCCGAUGCAAGAAGGCCUAUGGAACAGCGUGUUGGUGGCCAAAGCUGCACAGAGACUCAUAACUCUGGAGGAAGGCACCGUUGCCGUUGGGUCUUCUAGCGACAUAUCAGCUGAGGCGAGGGUUCAGGGCAUAUCUGUCUAUGCAGGUGAUGAGAGGCACGUUGUGUUAAGGUUUUCACAGGCGUUGGGGUACUGGCAGGAGUCGAUUGACUAUUGA